ACAACUAUAAGAAGAAGACGCUGCCACAAUUGCUGGGAACCCUUACCCGUUUUCAGUCUCAGCCCCAAGACUAAAGCCUAUGUAUGGGGGAGGGUCUAGUAAGAGGGAGGGUUAAAGAGAAGAAGGGAGGAGAUAGGAAUAAAAAGACAGUGAAACAGAUUGAAGGAGGACAGAGAAAAGAAGAGCAGUGACAGAGGCUGUUGUUUAAAGAUGGACUUAAGUUUGCUUAAAGUCCUGGAGAAAGAGAGAGUCGUGGAGGUUCUACGAAGAGACAAGCAGUUGCGUACAGUUGAGGAGGACAGGAUCAGAAGGAUGAAACACGACCUGCAGGAGCUUCAAAUGAAAGGUGCCAAAACUUUUGGCCAGCAGUAUGGGGAGCGGAAGUGUGCUUGCUGCCAGAGUCCGCUGGGAACGAUGUGGAACUCAGGUGCAGUGUGCCGUGGCUGCAGCCACCGCAUCUGCAGCGUGUGCCGCGUGGGAGCAAUGAACUGGAAGUGCACGGUCUGCCACGCCUACAGGGAGGUGAAGAUCAGAUCAGGAGAGUGGUUUUUAGAGGAAAAGGCAAAGAGAUUUCCCCUCACCACAGACAAAUAUGAGACAGUUGGGGAGGAAUUAUUAAAGACCUACAAUGUGCUAAGUCAUAUAUCAGUCGUUCCUCCCACUCCUCCACCCCACUUGGAUUAUCCAGUUCUGGGCAGAUCUGAGGAUUUAAAAAACCUGAAGCCUUUUACCAAAUCUGUGGAAGAUCUGAUGGUUUCUUUUACAAGUCAAAUUAAAAAGAUUUCCACUUCUCACAGUGAUGUGCAAGGACACCUGCUGAGAGUUGACAAGAAUCAGGCAGGACCUCAUUUCAGCUACAGCACCCAGAAGAGCCUUUCUGACAGUGACAUCCGCAAAUCUAGCAACCUCUUUAAAGUCCCAAGUCUUCCAAAUAUGUUCAAGAAAAGCAAAGACAGCGACCAGGAUAGCUCCCCUGCCGGUACAGAAGAAGAAACUUCCUUCAGCUCUGAGUACUCUGGAGAAAGGAGAGGCAGUAACGGAAGCAUCAGCACAGACUGUGGCCUUGUCGAGAACAUCUCUGUAGCAGGAGAAUUGGAACUGGCUCUGGCCUACAACACCAACACGUCCAGUCUGGAGAUCACAGUUGGCACCUGCAGAAAUCUCAUUUAUGGAGACAGCAAGAGGAGGAAGUGUCAUCCAUAUGUCAAACUCUGUGUGCUGCCAGACAAGAAUUACAAGCUGAAGACAGCAGUUAAAAGAAACACGACUGAUCCAGUUUACAAUGAAGUUUUUAAGUAUGAAAUAGAACACCACCUGCUGUUUGGAAAGAGACUGCAGGCUUCUGUGUGGCAUUCGGGAACUCUGAAAAGAAAAGUGUUUCUUGGCGAGGUACUCAUCCCACUGGAUGGCUUGAUAUUGGAGGACAAGACCUCGCAGUGCUUCAACUGGUAUCCGCUUUGUCUGAAGCUAAAACAGGCUGAUAGUUCAGAUAGCGGUGCUAUGUAGCAGGAAAGAGGAAAACUGCUGGUAGGAAUCCACUUCAGCAUCAACAACCAGGGUGUCUGACCCUGGGAGCAGGCAGAUAGACUGUCCAGACAACGACCAUUUCGCGGUGCGAGUGGGUGCUCAUUAGCUGCUGUUUGAUCAGGGCAACUCUCCGAACCUGGACCAGGGGGAGAGCUCCUUUUGCUUCUCUAAGAGACCCCUGAGGGGCUGAAAUGGACCCUGGUAACAACAGAGAUUAUCUUCUUUUAACAUCCUUAGUGACAAAUUCUACGGCAGCAUUGUACUUCUACAUAAUCUAUGACACAUUUAU